AUGAAUACAAAGAACAAACUUGAAGGAGCCGUGACAAACACAAAACACAAACCCCCCACCAAAGAGGAUUUGCGACAAAGGUUGGCAUUUCGGCCAUUUACCUCAAAACCUUGGUUCUCUAUGGAGACCAACAAACAGCAAAGGAAAAAAUGGUUUCUGCCACUUGUACUGUCUCUAAUGUUGUUCACCUUGCUCAUACUCUUUUCCAUCUUCGUCUCCUCCGAUUCUUCCUCUUUGCUCUACCUAUACCGCACACGUGGCAGAGUGGAAAAGCCUCGUUUCGUGGAGUCAAAGCUGAGGGUGUCUUCCACGUCAUCCACUGACUCAGUUCCCAGGAUCGCGUAUCUGAUCUCCGGUUCAAUGGGUGAUGGCGAGACUCUGAAGAGGACCCUCAAGGCCCUUUACCAUCCCAGGAACCAGUACGCUGUGCACUUGGACCUCGAGGCUUCUACGCAGGAAAGAUUGGAGCUUGCCAACUUCGUCAAGAACGAGCCUCUCUUUGCCAAAGUGGGCAAUGUCAGGAUGGUUGUUAAGGCUAACUUGGUCACCUAUAGGGGACCCACUAUGGUCACUAAUACCCUUCACGCUGCGGCUAUUUUGUUCAAGGAAGGUGGACUCUGGGAUUGGUUCAUCAAUCUCAGCGCUUCUGAUUACCCCUUGGUCACCCAAGAUGAUCUGCUGCAUACACUGUCAUCAACUCCAAGGAACCUUAACUUUAUUGAGCACACUAGUGAUAUUGGCUGGAAGGAAGAUCAGAGAGCCAAGCCUGUUAUAAUUGAUCCAGCUCUUUAUAGCGUCAACAAAUCUGAAUUAUUUUGGGUGACGGAGAAAAGGAAUGUUCCCACAGCAUAUAAGCUGUUUACAGGUUCUGCUUGGAUGAUGCUCUCUCGCCAGUUUGUUGAAUAUUUGUUAUGGGGAUGGGAUAACUUGCCUAGAAUAGUCUUGAUGUAUUAUGCCAACUUUCUAUCCUCCCCUGAAGGAUAUUUUCACACAGUCAUCUGCAAUGCUGAUGAGUUCCGCAACACUACUGUGAACCAUGACCUCCACUUCAUAUCAUGGGAUAACCCUCCAAAACAACAUCCCCACUUUCUUACAAUUAAUAACUACCAGGAAAUGGUGGAUAGCAACGCUCCAUUUGCCCGAAAAUUUGGCAGGAAUGAACCACUUUUGGAUAAGAUUGAUACUGAACUCUUGGGACGAAAUGAACAUGGUUAUGUGCCUGGCAAGUGGUUUGACCGAGCAAAUCCAAACAUCACCAAACCAUAUUCUGCCAUAAGAAAUAUCACUGACCUUAAGCCUGGCCCUGGAGCAGAAAGGCUCAAACGCCUUAUCAAUGGUUUAUUGUCAACAGAAGAUUUUCAAACGAAGCAGUGUUCUUGA